AUGGCUUUUAUUGUGGAUCAACAAUCAAACUUCAAACACUUUUGUAGAAUUUGCAAUAAAGGAUUUGGAUGUGGGAGAGCGCUUGGUGGGCAUAUGAGAGCUCAUGGAAUAGGCGACGAAAGCGGCCACAUUGAUGGCGAUGAUCCUGCUAGUGAUUGGGAAGACAAAUUAGGGAGGAAUGUGCCGCCUAGCAACAAGCGCAUGUACGCUUUGAGAACCAACCCUAAUCGAUUAAAGAGUUGUCGGGUUUGUGAGAAUUGUGGGAAGGAGUUUUUUUCAUGGAAAUCCUUCCUUGAGCAUGGUAAAUGUAGCUCGGAGGAUGCUGAAUCGCUGGUGUCCUCGCCAGGCUCCGAUGGUGACGAUGGCGAGGCAAGGAGAGGUUGCGGUUGGUCUAAAAGGAAAAGAUCAUUUAGAGCUAACGUGGGUAAUUUCAACACCAUGUUCCCAUCAAGCGAAGAGGAAGACCUUGCCAAUUGCCUUAUGAUGUUAUCUAAUGCAACCGUCUAUCCUUUUGUAACUGAGCCUGAGGAAUCCUGUGCUUCCGCCAGCAAAGAAGAGGAGAGAAGAAAUACAAUGAAUUUCAUUGCUCCUAUUGCAUGUAGGGUACCUAUGGACAAGGCCAAAGGUGUAGCCAAAGGGUUGUUUGAGUGCAAAGCAUGCAAGAAAGUGUUUAAUUCUCAUCAGGCAUUGGGUGGACAUAGGGCUAGUCACAAGAAGGUUAAGGGAUGUUUCGCAGCCCGGGUCGAUAAUAAUCAAGCUGAUGAAGACCACGAUGUUAUCACACACGAAGAGUUUUUCCCUACAAAAUCAAUGUCAACAUUGCAAUUUCAUCAAGGAACUAGUACUCCGUUGGCUUCUCCAUCCAAGAAGAAAUCAAAAGUACAUGAAUGCUCAAUUUGUCACCGGGUUUUUUCAUCGGGACAAGCCUUGGGAGGCCAUAAAAGGUGCCAUUGGAUCACUUCAAAUGCACCCGACACUUCCUCUUUGGCUAAGUUUCAUCGGUUCCAAGAUCAAAUGGAGCUGAAUCAGGAAAGACCAAAGUUCAUCGACAAUUCUGAGCCGCUCAAUCUUAAGCUUGAUCUCAAUCUUCCUGCAGCAGGCGGUCAUCAUGAUGCUUUACGACGAAAACACGUUAAUCCAUCAAGUUUUAAGGUUUCAACCGGAAUCUAUUUGCAACCUUGGUUAGGAGGCGAUGAUGCCAAAGAAAAGGAACAUAAUCAGCACCGGAUGCAACAACUUGACCAUGAUAACCAUGAUAACAACAAGUGUAAUAGCUUGAUGCAAAAUGCGGACGAGGAAGCAGACAGUAUGGUGAAGUUAGCAAAACUAAGUGAAUUAAGGGACAUCAAUAUGAGUGGAGGUUCAUCUCCAUGGCUGCAAGUUGGGAUUGGUUCAGCUACUAAUGUUGGCUUUGACCCUUAA